AUGUCACACCCUAUCCUGGUGUCGACAAGCGAUCUGAUAUAUCCCCCUAGAUUUAGCCCCUAUGCUAACACAUCCAAUGUCGUAGGAACUUCUAUGAUGCGCCCUUCGAAUACGCCUGUGAUAAGUAAUCCACUCUUUGUCUCAACUGCCCCGACUAACAACAUCCCGCAGCCAACGACGGUGCCCAAAUCCAAUAGCGAUCCUCCGCCCAAUGUUCGGCGUGAUCAGAGUUACACUCUUGAAGAGGCCAUUAAAAUUCCAAGCUCUUAUCCCCACAUUCAUCAAUAUAGUUCCUCUGUCGAAAUUGAGAAGAUGGUCAAGAAUGAGGAACAUGACGAAAUGACUAAGAAAAUGAAGAGUUUGGAACAGAGUAUAAGAGAUAUGCAAGGACUAGGAGGCAUCUCUUUCAGUGACUUAUGUAUGUUUCCUCACGUCCAUUUUCCUGUUGGUUUUAAAACUCCAAAGUUUGAAAAAUACGAUGGUCACGGAGACCCCAUAGCUCAUAUAAAGAUAUAUUACAACAAAUUGAGGGGUGCAGAGGGCAAAGAAGAGCUACUUAUGGCGUUUUUUGGGGAAAGCUUAGUAAGGAUUGCAUCUGAAUGGUUCAUAGAUCAAGAUAUCAUCAACUGGCACACAUGGGGUUAUUUGACUCGAUGUUUUGUACAACAAUGCCAAUAUAAUAUUGACAUUGUGCCAGAUCGCUCAUCGUUAGCCAACACAAGGAAAAAGACCACGCAAAACAUUCAUGAAUAUGCUAUCAGGUGGAGGGAAUAA